CCUGAAGGAAAUAACGCCAGUGUUUUUUGUUUUUCCCCAACCUGUUUUCCCAAUGUCACUCUCCCCACCUCAAAAUACCUGAUUUAGUUUUUGAAUCUACUUUUUUAUUCCACGUGGUUGUGUGUAUGGGAGAGCAAUUAUGUAACAAAAAGAGAGCUUGGAUUGGAAAUGAGUGAAUAGGUAGUGAAACGAAAAUCCCACUCAGCCAACCAAAAACUAGUGCUCUGUAGGAGAUGGGCGGAGAGAAGAAUGUUGGCCAAGCCAAAGGAGGGAAGGCCAAAGCGAAGACACCCAGACAGAGGCUGAGUGAUAAGGAAGGAGGCUCGGGUGGAGACGCACGUAGGAAAAGUACAAAGCCCAACAAGGAAAGAACUGAAGCCACAGCAAAGUCUCAGCGGGCGGAAAAAGUAAAAGUCCAGAAAAAGGUCAAGGCUUUGAAAACGGAGAGCGUGGAGAGCUUUGAUGACGAUGUGAGGUUUAAUUUGGCUGUAAAAGAGGAGCCUGAAGAUGGAGACUUUGUGCCAGAAAAGAGGGGGAAAAAGAGGAAAAGACCAGAGGAUGAACCCAUGGAAGGUCCCUCAUGUUCCAGUGCAACCCCCACGUUAAAUAGGAAAUUGAAAGAGAAGGACGAGGCUGACCCGAGGACGGAGAAGAACACAAAGGAGGGGAUAAAGAUAGAGAAGAAGCCAAAGAAAGAGGAGGCGGAGCAUCCAGUCACUACAAAGAAGAAGUCAAAGGAAGAGAUUGAGGCAGCAAAAGCGUUGAAGAUCAAAAAAAGAGAAGAAGAGGAGCAACAGCGCUGGAGAUGGUGGGAAGAGGACAAGUAUGAGGAUGGUAUAAAAUGGAAGUUUCUGGAGCACAGGGGUCCCUUUUUCCCACCGGAGUACCAGCAUCUCCCAGACAACGUUAACUUCUACUACAAUGGUAAAGUUGUGAAGCUGGGCCUUGCUGCAGAGGAGGUGGCCCUGUUCUUUGCUCAGAUGCUUGACCAUGAAUACACCACAAAAGAUGUGUUCCGAAACAACUUCUUCAAGGACUGGAGGAAGGAGAUGACCCUGGAAGAGAGGGUGCUAAUUAGUGACCUGAAUAAGUGUGAUUUUCGGGAGCUCCACACCAUGCACAAGGAGAAGGUGGAGGCUAGGAAGGUCUUGAGCAAAGAGGAGAAACUGGUGAUGAAAGAAGCCAAUCAGAAGAUAGUGGAGGAGUAUGGCUUCUGUAUACUGGACCACCACCGGGAACGCAUCGGCAACUUUAAGAUUGAGCCGCCAGGUCUCUUCCGAGGACGGGGGGAGCACCCCAAACAAGGCAUGCUUAAGAAGAGGAUCCAGCCGGAGGACGUCAUCAUCAACUGUGCAAAAAAGUCUUGUAUCCCAGAGCCCCCUGCUGGUCACCACUGGAAGGAGGUUCGCCAUGACAACACAGUGACCUGGCUGGCCAGCUGGACUGAGAAUGUUCAGGGCUCCUGCAAGUAUGUCAUGCUCAACCCCAGCUCCAAACUCAAGGGUGAGAAGGACUGGGAGAAGUAUGAGGUGGCCCGCCGGUUGAAAAGCUGUGUGAAUGGGAUCCGCCAGCAGUACCAGCAGGACAUCAAGUCCAAACAGAUGGAGACCCGCCAGAGAGCUGUGGCCCUUUACUUCAUAGAUAAGCUGGCCCUGAGAGCGGGUAAUGAGAAGGAGGAGGGCGAGACGGCGGACACAGUGGGCUGCUGCUCCCUGAGGGUGGAGCACAUCACCCUCCACGACCUGCUGGAGGACAAGGACUGUGUGGUGGAGUUUGACUUCCUGGGUAAAGACUGUAUCCGCUACUACAACAAGGUCCCCGUCACCAAGAGGGUGUUCAAGAACCUCAAGCUCUUCAUGAAGAACAAGGAGCCUGGAGACGACCUGUUUGAUCGCCUCAACACGUGCUUGUUGAAUAAGCACCUGUCAUCCCUGCUGCCUGGCCUGACUGCUAAGGUAUUCAGGACUUUCAACGCCUCCAUCACCCUGCAGGAGCAGCUCCAACAGCUGUCCAACAUGACGGACAACCCGGCAGAGAAGCUGCUCUCCUACAACAGGGCCAACCGAGCUGUUGCAGUUCUGUGUAACCACCAGCGGGUGCCGCCAAAGACCUUUGAUCAGUCUAUGGCCAACCUCCAGUCCAAGAUUGAUGGCAGGAGGGAGCAGUUGGCCCUGGCCAAGAGUGAGCUGAAGCUGGCCAAGAAGGAGGUCAAAGCUCACAGUUCAGACGGCAAGCUGCAGGCGGUGGUGGAGCGUAAGAAGAAGGCUGUGCAGCGCUGUGAGGAGCAGCUUAUGAAGAUGGAGGUUCAGGCCACAAACCGAGAGGAGAACAAGCAAAUCGCACUGGGCACCUCCAAACUCAACUACCUGGACCCACGCAUCAGCGUGGCCUGGUGUAAGAACAUGGAGGUGCCCCUGGACAAAAUUUAUAACAAAUCUCAAAGGGAUAAGUUUGCCUGGGCUGUUGACAUGACCGGGGCAGAUUUUAUAUUCUAAGUCAGCCUCUACCCUUUAGUUCUACCUAAAUGUAAAGACUAGGAGGCAGGUUUUAUCCUCUUCUCUCUGGUUUUAACUGCCCAUGUGUUGAACUACAGAACUCUUGAAUUUAAUUGUUGUAUUGCUGUUGGCACUUUUUUAAAAUGUUUACUAUUGUUAAUGGUAAACCAAGAUGAUUUUAUAGAAAGUAUGGAGAACGUUUCCUUUUAUAAACAUUUAAUAAAGUUUCUUAAGAAAAGAA